AUGAAGGUUCCGCCUUUGCAUCCCGGAGUUGCCAGACUGGAGCUACUGUUGUUACAGGGCGAUCAUAGGUCGUCCCACAUAUGGGAGGGACAGUUAGUGGCCCAGACGUUCCGCGCCAGGAGAGUAGAAGAUAUGUGGGGCUUUCUCAGGGACCACCCUCUCCAUCCCCGUAUAGUCAGACGCCUCCAGGAUAUGGGGUUUUAUAAGAUUGUGGAGAUCGGCCAGCUGCAGCUGGAUUGGUCGUUGAUCACGGCCCUGAUAGAGCGAUGGCGACUGGAGACGCACACAUUCCAUUUACCCAUUGGCGAGGCCACUAUCACGCUUCAGGAUGUGGAGGUCCUGUAUGGGCUGCCCGUUGAUGGACAACCUGUUGCUUUGACGAAUGCCAUCAGAGAGUAUACGGGUUUGCACAUGGAGAUGUUACAGCGGCUCACCGGUUUCCAGCCACCGAAUGAGACUGCAUUGGUUGGGGCCAGUCGUCUGCUGUUGACGCCUGUCCGGCAGCAUUUGGAGGCAUUGCACGCUGACAACACAGAUGAUACACCGGAGCUUCAUAUUCACCGAUGUGCCGGGCAAGCAUGGGCCCAACAUGACGUUGCUGGAUUUUUGCCGCUGCUACAGGUUUGGGUCUGGGAGCGGUUCAUGCAGUUGCAGCCACCUCUACCACCCUUAGCUCCGGGUGCACCGCCUCCGUUUCUCCCUCUAGCUAGGAGGUGGGUUGAUAGGUGA